AUGGGCCCUGGGUGGGUGCACUGCUGGCCCCAGAAAAUCAACAAUAGCUGUGUUUGCAUUUCGAAGCAAACACACAUUUCUAAAACAGACAAGGUAAGUGAAGAAACAAAGAAACUGAUCUCUUCACUUCCUACAGACAAAGAUUUUCAAGGGAAUCUGUGCAAGUACCAAGGAUGUUGGUAUUACUACAACACUCUCCAAGGAGUCAUCAAUUUCCAUAACAAUUUUCAACCACAGGACACCGAUGUAAUCCUAGCUUCUUCCCCAAAGUCCGGCACAACUUGGCUCAAGGCACUCACGGUCGCACUCUUGGAGAGAUCUAAACAUCAUGAUGAUCAUCCAUUGCUGUCAGAUAAUCCUCAUGCCUUAGUACCAUUCUUGGAGAACAAUCUGUAUCUCAAAAGCUCAACACCGGACCUAACCAAGUACUCAUCAUCCCCGAGGCUGUUUGCGACUCACAUGCCUUUGCACACCUUGAAAGAGGGCCUCAAUGGUUCUCCUUGCAAGAUUGUGUUCAUGUGCAGGAACGCAAAGGACGCGUUGAUAUCUAUGUGGUAUUUCGUUUGCAAGUAUCAGAGAGUUGAAGCGAGUAGAAGCAUUCUCGAGUCGUUGUUCGAGUCGUUGUGCAGUGGAGUCACCUUCUACGGUCCCUUUUGGGACCAAGUCCUCAGCUACUGGAGAGGCAGCUUGGAAGAUCCGAGUCGUGUCCUGUUCAUGAAGUACGAGGAAAUGAAAGAAGAGCCUUAUGCUCAGCUCAAGAGACUUGCGGAGUUCUUAGGUUGUCCUUUCACCGAGGAAGAAUUAGAGAGCGGAUCUGUGGACAAGGUCUUAGAGCUCUGCUCCCUGCGUAGCCUUAGCGACUUGGAGAUCAACAAGUCCGGAAAAAACGUCAACGGCGUGGAUUACAAGUUCUAUUUCCGAAAAGGAGAAGUCUGUGACUGGAAAAAUCAUCUCACUCCGGAGAUGGAGAGGAGAAUCGACAUGAUCAUUGAGGAGAAACUCAAAGGUUCAGGUUUGAGUUUCUAAGAGUAUUGCUAUCCUUUGUUGUUGUUGUGUUUCUAUUAUUAUCGUAAAUAAGAUCUUUCACAUUGUAACUUUGGUCUGAUGACCAACAUUAUUCAUUCAC